CAGCCGUUGAACUUCACGCGAGUCGCGCAGUCGCACAUCUCGCAGCUGGAAUAGCGGGCUUUGUCGCUCGCAUCUAAAAUACUUCAUUUCCGGUUGGAAGUUAUUGGUGCCGCAGUCCUUUUUUUAAUCAUGGCCGACUUCCUCUUGUUCGAGAGCCCCGUUGGCUACUCGAUCUUUAAAGUAGUUCACCAGCCAGAUACCGCUGGGAAUCGCCUGAAGGAAGUUCAGGAUGGCGUCAAUGAUCUUGCAAAGUUCGGCAAGAUGGUCGAACUCUCUAGUUUUCUGCCUUUCGAAAACAACAAGCAGGCUCUGAGCGAAAUCAACGAUGUCUCUGAAGGAGUUGCAUCUGAGACUCUUAUUUCUUUUCUCGAUCUAAACCUUCCGAAGACUAGCAAGAAGAAGAAGAAGGUCGUCCUGGGAGUCAGCGACAAGGCCCUCGCCACAAGUAUUAAGUCGGCCUUCUCUUUCGUGGACUGUGAAACUGGCGAUACGAGUGAGGUUGUUCAAGAUAUGCUUCGUGGUGUCCGUCUCCAUGCGACCAAACUGUUGAAACAACUCCGAGAGGGAGACAUGGACACUGCCCAGCUCGGUCUUGGUCAUGCCUAUUCGCGAGCCAAGGUCAAGUUCUCUGUGCAACGUGACGACAACCAUAUCAUUCAGGCUAUUGCUAUUCUCGACCAGCUUGAUAAGGCUAUUAAUACGUUCUCAAUGAGAGUCAGGGAAUGGUACUCAUGGCAUUUCCCUGAGCUCAUCAAGAUUGUUUCGGAUAAUCAACGCUACGCCCAAGUGGCCCUGUUGGUCAAGGAUAAGAAGAGCUUGACCGAUGAGAGCCUACAUGAUCUUGCCGCACUCGUGGAAGAUGAUGAAGCUGUUGCCCAAAGUAUCAUUGAUGCUGCUAAGCAUAGUAUGGGUCAAGACAUUUCGGAGACCGACAUGGAAAACGUCAUCUCUUUCGCCCAGCGAGUAGUCAGCCUCUCCAAGUAUCGCAAGUCUCUCCAUUCAUAUUUAGUAUCCAAGAUGAGCGUUGUGGCACCUAACCUUGCCGCACUGAUUGGCGAGAUUGUUGGAGCUCGCCUCAUUUCGCACGCCGGAAGCUUGACGAAUCUCUCCAAAUAUCCUGCAUCGACUGUUCAAAUUUUGGGUGCUGAGAAGGCACUUUUCAGGGCUUUGAAGACCAAGGGGAAUACCCCGAAAUAUGGACUUCUGUAUCACUCUUCUUUCAUUGGAAGGGCUGGUCCCAAGAACAAGGGCAGAAUCUCACGGUUCCUAGCCAACAAGUGCUCUAUCGCAUCCAGGAUUGAUAACUUCUCUGAGACUCCGACAACGAAGUUCGGUGAAGUUUUGAAGCAGCAAGUUGAGGAGCGUCUGGAGUUUUAUGCUUCGGGCGCAGCGCCUACUAAGAAUGAAGUCGCCAUGAGAAAUGCGAUGGAUUCUCUUCUCGCUGAUUUGGAUGUUGACGAUGCUCAGAGCGAUGUAGAGAUGGAGGAGGCCGAUGCCAGCGAGGAGGAGACAAGCAAGAAGGAGAAGAAAGAGAAGAAGGACAAGAAGGAGAAAAAGGACAAGAAGGACAAGAAGGAGAAGAAGGAAAAGAAGGAGAAGGGCGACAAGGAAGAGAAAAAGAAGAAGAGAAAGUCAGAUGUUGGCGAGGGUGAAUCCGACAAGAAGAAGCGCAAGCGUGAUGCUGAUGCUGAGCCGUCCAAAAAGAAGGCAAAGGCCUAAUUGCACCCGGUUUUUGGGACAGGUGGGAGUCUUUGUCGCGGCGUUGUUCGGUUGGUCUAGUUCGACAUUCUGUUGCUUUUGCCUUCAUGACUUGAUGGGCUGGGUAUUUGUAAAUUAUCCAAUUGAAGUUUUCUAUUUAGU